AUGGCUUCUAGCACUGAUAUUCGCACCGCGGAGCUGAGAGAGCCCGUUGACGUCGCGACUUACUUAUUUACAAGGCUCAAACAGAUAGGAAUCGAUUCUAUUCAUGGUCUGCCUGGAGACUUCAACCUGGUGGCUCUCGACUAUCUGGAAGGGCUCGGACUCAGAUGGGUGGGCAAUUGCAAUGAGCUCAAUGCAGGCUAUGCAGCAGACGGUUACGCUCGCGUCAAGGGCAUCUCAGCAGUGAUCACCACGUUUGGUGUAGGAGAGUUGUCCCUUCCCAAUGCAAUUGCCGGGGCGUAUGCUGAAUUCGUUCCCGUCGUCCAUAUUGUUGGUACACCAAGCACAAAAUCUCAGGCAAAUGGAAUGCUGCUUCAUCAUACCCUGGGCAAUGGGAAUUUUCACACCUUUGCCGACAUGGCUGCCUAUCUUGCCGUGGACGUUGCCAAAUUGGUCGAACCACGCGAUAUUCCUUCCCAAAUCGAUCACAUCCUUCGUGAGUGCUAUCUCCAAAGUCGACCUGUCUACAUCACUCUCCCAACCGAUAUCGUACAAAAGCAAGUGGAAGGCGAGAGGCUCAAGACAAACAUCGAUCUUAGCCCGCACCAGAACGACCCGGAGAAAGAGGACUAUGUGGUUGACGUCGUCUUGAGAUACCUCACCGCAGCGAAGAAUCCCGUCAUUUUGGUUGACAGCUGUGCUAUACGCCACCGGGUCCUAGAGGAGACACACGAACUCAUUGAGAAAUCCGGUCUGCCAGUUUUCGUCGCUCCCAUGGGGAAGGGAGCGGUGGAUGAGACCAUUCCACAAUUUGGAGGCGUGUAUGCCGGUGAUGGCUCCAAUGCUGGUGUACAGGAGCGUGUUGAGGCAGCCGACUUGCUUAUAACAAUUGGUAGUGUCAAAUCUGACUUCAACACUGCGGGAUUCACGUACAGGACGUCACAGCUGAAGACAAUCGAUUUGCACAGCACAUUUACCCGGGUGCGGUAUUCCGAGUAUCCAGGGGUUGGCAUGAAGGGUGUGCUGAAGAACCUGAUCAGCAAACUGCCCAAACUUAAUAUACAGCCGGGACCUACACCCCCUCAGAACAAGCUUCCGGGAGACCAAGACAAGGCUAGAUCGGUCAUUACACACGGCUGGUUCUGGCCAAGGCUGGGCCAAUUCCUGCAGGAGGGUGAUAUUGUCCUCACCGAAACAGGGACUUCGAACUAUGGUAUCUUCGACACUCGUUUCCCCAAGAAUGUCACCAACAUCAGCCAAAUCCUCUGGGGCAGUAUUGGAUACGCGACCGCAUCAGCCCAAGGAGUUGCUCUUGCAGCCAAAGAUAUUGGGGGCAAAGGUCGAACAGUUCUGUUUACUGGAGAUGGUAGUUUUCAACUCACCUGCCAGGAGGUCAGUACAAUGAUUCGACACAAUCUCAAUCCAAUAAUAUUCAUCAUCUGCAACGAUGGCUACACGAUCGAAAGACUCAUUCACGGCAUGGAUGCAGGCUAUAAUGACAUUCAAAACUGGAACUAUAAAGAUCUGCUACCUGCCUUUGGUGCCAAGGAGGGUAACUUCAAAACCUACCAGGUCAAGACAACAGACGAAGUAAACGCCCUUUUCCAAGACAAAAACUUUGCGAGCGCGCCUUACUUACAACUAGUUGAGUUGUACAUGCCGAGAGAUGAUGCUCCUGUUCCGCUGAAAAAGACUGCUGAGAAUGCUGCUAGGCUAAACGCAAGGAAAUGA